AUGAAGUGUAAUACUCAUAGUCGAUUCUUCAUGUGUGAACAUGGCUAUUUCCUUCUUAAGUCGUCUCAAUUUUCAAGUGACCUUUUAUUUAAGGAAAUUUUAAGUGUAUUGAAACCUGCUCAAGAAGAUAAUCUACUUCCUUUACUUACAGUGCAAGAAACGUUAAUGUAUAGUGCAAAAUUUAGGCUCAGAGGGUUAAGUAUGAGCUCAAAAGAUAGAGAAAAAUUAGUAGAAAAUUUGAUGAUGGAGCUUAAACUUUCUCAUGUUGCUCAUAGUUUUGUUGGUGAUGAAGAAAAAAGAGGAAUUUCUGGUGGAGAAAGAAAAAGAGUAUCAAUUGGUGUUGAAAUGAUUCAUAAUCCUGCAAUUUUAAUUCUUGAUGAGCCAACUUCUGGGCCGCCAACAUUUUCUUACACUGAAUCCUCAACUCCGAGCUAUUGA